AUGAGACACAAAAAGAGCAUUUCUCUCCAUGGGCCUGACACCAUACAAUUUGCACAUGUGUACAAUAAUCUUGUCCCAAAGAAAUUGAACACUUCAAAUUCUCCGAGUGAUUACACAGAUUCUUUCCAGGCUCCUAAAAAGAUGUUGAUCCCAUCUCCUGAAAACCAAUAUCCUUUGAAAAAUUCAAUGGAUACCAAACCUCAGCUAAAAUAAACCUCAAAUUUGCCAAGAUCUCAAGCGCAAAAAGGCCAAAUUUACAUCUCUUAGCAUAAAAUCGCUCUCUGGUUUCAAUGAACGACUUAAAAUUGCCAAAAAAAUUGCCAUGAAAAAGAACAAGAGCUUAAAAGAAAAGGAUAUGAGCCACAGAAUUUCUGUUUACAAUAAAUCAAAGUUUAACCCUGUCCCCAAUCCAGAUAACCCUUCUGGAUUUGGGAUGGGCUUUAAGAUCGAGAGGAUAGAUCCUAUAUGUCUAGACAUCACCUCACUUCGGCCUAAAAUGAAUUUCUUCAAGACAAGUGCAUUCCCUCAUAUAAAAUAUAACUCAACUAGACAGAACUAUAAUGAAGACAAACCUAGUGAGCGCAAAGCUUCGCAUAAAAAACUAACCAAAACUUCUGGAAAAACAGCCAAGCAGGGCUCUAAAGCUAUUUUCAAAGGAUUUACUGCAGGAAAUGGUCAGAAUGAGGAAGAAAAGAACUCAAGAGACUUUUGCCCUAAUAUUGAUAUUGUAAAUGGACUCAAACAUCUUAUGGCAAAGAAUAAUCAAAAGCCUAAGAGUUUUCUAAAACCCGAAUUUGAAUCCAAUUUUCCGUCUUACAAAACAAGCACAGCAAGGAGGGGACUAAAUCUCUGGCUUAGAAAGGAUAGUUCAGUUCCAAGAUCAGAGUCCGCUUUUGGAGGUUUGGAGAUUAUUGAUCCUCUCAGGUCAAGCCAGAUUAUAAAGAAACGUAAAAGGAACUAAGAGCAUGCACACAUUAACCAUAAAUAAGAAAAAGAGUAUAGAUCUAUCAAGAAAAUAAGAUUACACUUAAUUCAGU